CAUGUAGAAACAUGGAUUAGAGGUCAUUAGUGAAUUUAGUCUAUGGCGUUAUCUCAUUAUCUGUCAAAGGCAAAACUGUCAUAACAAAGUAAAAUAACCUCAAAAAUGUAUUUCGCGAAAAAUUCAAACAUUAUAUGGAAUAAAUACGGAAGACUUGUAUUAAAAUCGAAUUAUACGAAAUGUGUACGUGGCAAAAGUACGGCCGCGCCAAAAACCAAGGCUUAUUCUCAUACCAUUCUUUCUCCAAAGACCGAUUUUCCGACUCGUUCAAGUAACGCGAUAAAGGAGAAUAUUCAAAAGACAGCCCAGUUCGCAGAUCUAUAUAACUGGCAAAGGAAACACCUUAAAGGGCCUGAGUUUGUACUGCAUGAUGGACCUCCUUAUGCUAAUGGAGAUUUACAUAUGGGCCAUGCUGUGAAUAAGAUAAUCAAGGACAUAAAUAAUAGAAGCAAAGUGCUUCAAGGCAACAGAGUGCAUUAUAUUCCCGGUUGGGACUGUCACGGUCUACCCAUAGAGCUAAAAGCUUUACAGAAGGCCAAGAAAUCAUCUAAAACCAGCCAAAUCUCUGACCCAGUGCAUAUAAGAGAAAUUGCAAGGACAUUUGCAUUAGAAACAGUUGAAAAGCAAAAAGAUGCAUUCAAAAAAUGGGGUGUCAUGGCCGACUGGGAUGAGCAAUGUUAUUUAACAUUAAAUAAAGGAUAUGUACAGAAUCAAUUGCGGCAGUUCUAUAAAAUGUAUAAGUCUGGAUUAAUUUUUCGGGCAUUAAAACCUGUUUACUGGUCACCUUCUUCAAAAACAGCUUUAGCUGAGGCAGAAUUGGAAUAUGAUCCCCAGUUUAAAAGCAAAGAAGUGUAUGUUAGAUUCCCAUUGAAAAAUGUACCUAAUGUAGUCAAAGAUGUUGUUAAAGGCAAAAAGAUAUCAGCAAUUAUCUGGACGACGACCCCUUGGACGCUGGUGGCUAACCGCGCAAUCUGCUACAACCGUCAAAUGAAGUACAGUAUUGUGUCUAUCGAUGGAAGAUCAGACCUGUUCCUAGUGGCAAGCGGGCUGGUCCAGCAGUUACAGGGUAUUCUGAAGGUGGAAAUAAAUACGCUUGCUGAGUUUGAUGGCCAACACCUACAAGGCACAACGUACCACAACAAACUAGUGAACCAAUCACUGCCAUUCUUAGAGGGAGACCACGUGACCAAUGUGAAAGGGACAGGGCUUGUACAUACUGCGCCCGCGCACGGUCCGGAAGAUUUCCUUGUCGCUUUGAAGAAUAAUAUGACUGUGGAAUGCAAUGUAGACGAAUCAGGUCGUUACACCAACUUAGACAAUGAGCUGAACGGUCUACCAGUUCUGUCUGAGGGUCAGGAGUUGGUGAUUACUCGGCUCGGUGAUGAUGUCAUGCAUAGAGAUGUGUUUGUCCACUCCUACCCUUUGGACUGGAGGACGAAGAAGCCGGUCAUCAUCAGGGCUAGCCAGCAGUGGUUUAUCGAUACUGCCGCGUUGAAAGACAAGGCUUUGGCAGCGCUAGAGAAAGUGGAGAUCCUACCACCUUCAAGUAGUGAUCAAUAUCGCCAGGGGUUCAGAGCUCAGCUGGAGAAAAGGCCCUACUGGUGCAUAUCCCGUCAGAGGGCGUGGGGCGUGCCUAUACCCGCACUGUACAAUCGUGAUAAUGUCCUUGUUGAUGAACGUAUCAUAGACAAGCUCUGCUCUAUGAUAGAGUCGCGCGGCGCUGACGUGUGGUGGACUUGUGACGUCACUGAACUGCUGCCUUACGACGUCAUCAACGAGCAUAAGUUGGAUGCUAAAGAUAUCAGUAAAGGCAAGGAUAUAAUGGACAUUUGGCUGGACUCGGGGCUGUCGUGGAGUACACUGGGCGGACGCACCGCUCGUCUAUACUCUGAAGGAGUCGACCAGCUGACUGGCUGGUUCCAAGCUUCUCUGCUUACAUCAUUGGCGUUGACUGGAGAAGCGCCUUAUAAGUCAAUAUUCGUCCACGGCUUCGUAGUUGACGACAAGAAACGUAAGAUGUCCAAGUCUAUUGGCAACGUGAUUGACCCCAUUACCAUCAUACAGGGCGGUAAGGGAUCUAACCAACCGGCUUAUGGGAUUGAUACUCUUAGAUGGUGGGUAGCAAGCCAUUCGACGCAGCAUUCCCAAAUCGUAGUCAGUAAGAAACUCCUCGACGACUGCCAAGCAGAACUAAUCAGAAUAAGGAACAUCAUGAAGUACCUUCUAGGCGUAGUUUCCGACGUACAAAAAACAGAUUUCACAAAAGACCCAACCCUGAACUACUUUGAUAGUUACAUGGUGAAAGAAUCAGAGAUAUUUGUGAACCAAAUAAACGAUCAUUACAACAAUUUUAGAUACAAUCAUGUAGCACAGAGUAUAUUACAUUUUAUUAGUAAUAAAGUGUCAGCGUUGUAUUGUCAUUGCAUCAAAGAUAGGUUAUAUUGCUCCCAAAAAUAUUCCGACGAACGACUUUCAGCUCAGUUAGUAGUACACACAAUUCUAGUAUCUCUAUGCAAAGCUUUAGGACCCAUUUUGCCACAUCUUAUCGAAGAAGUUUGGCAAUAUCAUCCGUUGUACGAUAAACCUUUUUAUUUUACCGAGGAAUUGUCAAUUUUGCCGCCAAAUAACGUCGAUACGUCAUUAAUGGAAGCCAUCUUAGAUUUGAAAAGGGAAAUAUGUGUUCUAGCUAAAAAUGAGAAUUUAAAAAAGUUUGAAGCUAACAUUGUUUUAAAUUCUGAUAUUUAUGAUAGUUUAAGUGGUUUAAAUAAGAGCGAUGGUGAUAACGAUAGUGUUUUAUGUGAGAUUUUAGAAGUAUCAGCUGUUAAUUUGACAGUUAAAAAUGGCGGGAAUAAUUCGCUCGUUGAGUUGUUACAGAGUAAAAAAGGGCAAUGUUUGAGAUGUAGAAAAUAUAAUGUAACAGAUGAUAGCGAUAAGUGCGUUAGGUGUGAUCAUGUUUUGAGUCAAAUGUAGAAUAAUAAAUAAAUUUGGAAAUAUAGUGUUAAAUUAGACUAAGAUCAUUAGGGUUAUUUAUUUUUAUUCUGUUUUUCAUAUUAAGUACCUAGUGUAUUCGCCUUGGCCCAGUCACUUUGUAAAUAAGUAGAAAUAAAAAAUGUUAUAAUGUAUGUUUAAAUUGCAAUUACUGAGUAUAGUUAUUGUAUUUAAUU